GCACAAUGGUAAGAAUGGUGUCUGUCCUGCUGUCUCUGCUGCACCUUCUGGGUCCUGCUGUCCCCCAGGAGACCCAAGAUGGUCAUUACUCUCUGAACUAUCUCUACACUGGGCUGUCCAGGCCUGGCAAAGGCACCCACAGGCUGCAGGGCACUGUCUUCCUCAAUGACCGUGCCUUCUUCCACUACAACAGUGAAGACAGGAAGGCUGAGCCCCUGGGACCAUGGAAACAUGUGGAAGGAGUAGAGGACUGGGAGAAGCAGAGCCAAGUUCAGAAGGCCAGGGAGGACAUCUUUAUGGAGACCCUGAACAACAUCAUGGAGUAUUACAACGACAGUAACGGUCAGUGAACAACAGACCACGGGGGUGGAAGGUCUAACCCAAGAGGCAGCCCCCCAGGUGUAAAUGGCAAGGGGUCAGCAGGAUGGAAAUAGUCCCAAUCCCAGAGGAGGAACAGGAGACACAGCAGAAACACAGACAUGUCCGCAUCCCACCCACCCCACAGCACAGUGCUGCCCCCUUCCCCAUCGAUUGCCCCAUCCUCAUCCCAGGCCUCAGCUCACACAGGAAGUGAUGGCAGAGUCACUUCCUAUCCAGGCACCUCUGACCUCUCACCUCCACACCCCACCCAUCGGAGGCUGAUCUCUCCAUGAGAAGGCAUCAGACUCACCCCUGUCCAAGGAGGUUACCUGGAGAGUGAGCCACUCUGAAAGUCACUCAGACCUGGGCUCACCUGGUGGCUCUGCCAGUCCUACCUGUUGACAGUGAAAUGUUCCCAAAAUAUCUGGUUGAAAUCUGCAAACACUGGAGCACUGAGACCUACCUCCAAACAAGUCUGUAAUAUUUAACUAUGUCUAUUCUAUGAAGGAUGCCACAGUCUGUCCUGAUCUCCCUUGCAGCUCCAUCGCCUAGGACAGAGUGCAGCCAAUAUUGGCUCAAUUGAAAUUUGUGGAAUCAACAGAGAAAAGCACCCGGCACACACCGUAGCCCAUGCUGGGGGCUCAGGAAGUGCUGGAUUCCAAACCGUGGGCUGUUAGAGUUCCCUGCAGCCCUAAAGUUCCUCCUCACCAUAAGAUGCAGACCCAGGAAGGGCACCUGCACUGUGGUCAGAGGAGCUGGUGGCAGAGCCCGCGCAGAGACGGUCCCUGUGCCCCCGGCCCAGCACUCUUUCUCCUA